GUCUGCGACUUGAAAUAGGACUACACCCGGGCCAAAUUGUAUUCAUUAGAAUAGAGCUGAUUUAUAUUGAGGUUGUGGACGACCGUUCGGCAACGUAAUUAGCUACUUGUCACACCGCGCUCGACGUAAUCUCUCUGGUUUAUCACGAAUGUCACACAGUUACUUACGAGAAUCCCUUGCUGUGGGGUUUAAAGGCUAUGGGUAUUGCAGUCGAAGUCAUUCGCGCCGCUUGGGACACACUUUCCCACAGCAGCUAGCCACGUCGGUGCCACCAACCACCAGCUCCGAUGCAGCUUGCACCGCGUUGUCGACGGGCCCUGCGACGUCUGGGCCGCGUUCUUUGGCAACCUUAACAUCUGUCCGCGGCACAUCCGUGUCAACGGCAUCCACGGAUUCCGUGACGGUCUACUUCAGGCAGGAGGGCCGGUCCACCCAGGCUCGACCCGGGGAAAACCUUCUGGAGGUCGCCUCCCGCGUGUCCGCCGACAUCCCCACCGGCUGCCUGCACGGCUCCUGCGGCGUGUGCGAGGUGGAGCUGUUCAGGUACCACAACAGCAGCAGCAGCGGCGGCGGGGGCAGCAGCAGUGGGGGCAGCAGCAGCAGUGGGGGCAGCAGCAGCAGUGGGGGCAGCAGCAGUGGGGGCAGCAGCAGUGGGGACAGCAGCAGCAGCGGGGACAGCAGCAGCAGGCAGGAAUCCCAGGGGGAGGGAGGGCAGCAGCAGCAGCUGCUGCAGCUAGCGGCAGGGGAGGAAACGACAGCUCAGGGUGAGGAAGAGGCUGGAAUCCCUUUAUCAUCAAGCUGUUGUGAUGCGGGGUCAAAGGGGAGAGUGGAACAGGGAACAGGCGUUACAGAUUCGGGAGCAGAGGAGGGAGAGCACCAACGGCAGCAGCAGCAGCAGCCACAGCAGGAGGAGCAGUGGGUGUGUGACGGGGGCGCAGUGGUACGGCGUGCGUGUGUGGCCCGUGUACCCCGGGGUUGGGGUCGGGUGGAGGUGGGGAUGAUGGCGGUUGACCAGAUCUGGGGGCAGGACGGAU